AUGGCUCAAUCUCAAAACAUAUUCUCGCCCCCUCUCACCGGAAUCCGCAACUCCGGCAAGAGCUCUUGCGUCCGCUCCGCCCGUCUCAGCCUCAUUGCACCUCCCCCCAUUCUCCCCAAAGAAGUUGAGACGCCCGCAGCCCCUCUCCCCAAGCCCUGCCCCACCCCUUCGCCUCCACCCCAACCCCUCACACCGAUAACGCCUCACUUGUGCGAGCUCAACCCCCUCCAGAGGCUGGCGGCGAGCAUCAUUGACACUGUUGAGGCCACCAUAGUUGAGGGCCUUGAGCGCCGCCACCCCCUUCCGCCCUCAGCCAACCCCUCAAUUCAACUCUCUGGAAAUUUUGCUCCUGUCGUUGAAUCCCCCGCCUGCCACAAACUUGUUGUCGAAGGCGAAAUCCCUAGCUCUCUUGACGGCGUCUACGUCCGAAAUGGUGCGAACCCGAUGUUCGAGCCCUCUGGAGGCCACCACCUCUUCGACGGGGACGGCAUGCUCCAUGCCGUUAAGCUCUGUCCUGAGUCCAACACUGCGAGCUACGCAUGCCGGUACACACGGACGCACCGCCUCUCCCUGGAGGCGGAGUAUGGGCGCGCUCUAUUCCCGAAGGCUAUUGGGGAGCUUCAUGGCCACUCGGGGAUUGCUCGACUCCUACUGUUCCAGGCUAGAGCCGCAUUCGGGUUGCUCGAUGGUGGUUGCGGCGUCGGGGUCGCAAACGCGGGACUCGUCUACUUCAACGGGCGGUUUCUCGCCAUGUCGGAGGACGAUCUGCCAUACCAUGUCCGCCUGACCGACUCCGGGGAUCUCGAGACCGUGGGUCGGUACGAUUUCGGGGGCCAGCUCAAGUCGAGCAUGAUUGCUCACCCGAAGCUCGACCCCGAUACUGGAGAGCUCUUCGCAUUGAGCUACGAUGUUGUGCGCAAGCCCUACCUCCGAUACUUCGUGUUCGAAUCCAACAGCCGAAAGCGCCUCGACAUCCCGAUCACACUCGGCGAACCGACCAUGAUGCACGAUUUCGCCAUCACAAGGACCAAGGUCGUGAUCCCUGACCAGCAAGUCGUGUUCAAGCUCGGCGAGAUGGUGCACGGUGGCUCGCCCGUGGUUCAUGACCCGAACAAGAUGUCUCGGUUCGGGGUGCUCUCGAGAUACGCCACCGACGAGUCUGGAAUUCAGUGGGUCGACGUCCCCGACUGCUUCUGCUUCCACUUAUGGAAUGCGUGGGACGCUGCCGGGGAUGACGAAAUCGUCGUGAUCGGCUCCUGCAUGUCGCCUCCUGAUGCCAUCUUCUCCGACCAAACCAAUCACAAAUUGAAGAGUGCAUUGACGGAAAUUCGAUUAAACCUGCGAACCGGCCAGUCAAGUACUCGCGAGCUUGCUUGCGGGCUCGACCUGGAGGCAGGGCAAGUGAACAGGAACCUACUGGGCCGGGCCACGCGAUACGCGUACCUGGCAAUCGUCGAGCCAUGGCCCAAAUGCAGGGGCUUUGCCAAAGUGGAUCUCGAGACUGGUACAGCACAUGAGUUCACAUAUGGAGAAGGGAGGUUCGGGGGCGAGCCAUGCUUUGUUCCGGCGGAGCGUAAGGGUGGUCGAGAAGACGCAGGCCAUGUCGUGACGUUCGUCUGCAAUGAGAACACCGGGCAGUCGGAGUUGCUGAUUGUCGACGCAUCGAGUUUGCGAAUCACCGCCACGGUGAGGCUGCCGAGCAGGGUGCCGUAUGGUUUUCAUGGCACCUUCGUGAGCGCAGAGGGCCUUAUGGGGCAAUGGCGGUAG